CGCCCCACGCCGGGCCUAGUUGAGCCGAGCGGGCCGGGCCGGGCCUGGCCUCCGCGGGCCGCUUGCAAAACGCGGCGAACGGAACCACCCAACCCGCCGCACGCACGCGGGAGUCGCCGGGUGGCUCUGAGCAUGCCCAGUGGCGGUGCCCACUGGAGGACUUUUUAGUUCUUUUCUUUUUCUUUUGUAAAUUUCUUCGAGUUUCUAAUAGGAGGCCUGCCCUUGCCCCCACUAGGCCCCCGUCAUCCCCUCCAGCCUAAAGCAGCUACUAUGGCCGAGGUCCCCAGCACGGCGUUGUCCCAAGCGGGUUGGUAUCUUUCAGAUGAAGGCAUUGAAGCUUGCACAAGUUCUCCUGACAAAGUCAAUAUUAAUGACAUAAUCCUGAUUGCUCUCAAUACAGACUUGAGAACAAUUGGCAAGAAGUUCCUCCCCAGUGACAUCAAUGGUGGAAAGGUAGAAAAGCUUGAAGGUCCCUGUGUUUUGCAAAUUCAAAAAAUUCGCAAUGUUGCUGCACCAAAGGAUAAUGAAGAUUCUCAGGCUGCACCAAGAAUGCUGCGCUUGCAGAUGACUGAUGGUCACACAAAUUGCACAGCAGUAGAAUUUAGUUACAUGUCAAAAAUAAGCCUGAAUACUCCACCUGGAACUAAAGUUAAACUCUCUGGCAUUGUGGACAUUAAAAAUGGGUUUCUCCUCUUGAAUGACACAAAUACUACAGUUCUUGGUGGUGAAGUAGAGCACCUUAUUGAGAAAUGGGAGUUACAAAGAAGGUUGUUAAAACACAACAGAAGCAAUAUUGGAACUGAAGGUGGACCACCUCCUUUUGUGCCUUUUGGACAAAAGUGUGUAUCUCAUGUUCAAGUGGAUAGCAAAGAACUUGAUCGAAGAAAGACAUUGCAAGUUACUAUACCUGUCAAACCUACAAAUGAUAAUGAUGAAUUUGAAAAGCAAAGGACUGCUGCUAUUGCAGAAGUUGCAAAAAGCAAAGAAACCAAGACAUUUGGAGGAGGUGGUGGUGGUGCUAGAAGUACUCUUAACAUGAAUGUUGCUGGUAAUCGAAAUAGAGAAAUAUUACAAAAAGAAAAAUCAACUAAAUCAGAAGGGAAAUAUGAAGGUGUCUAUAGAGAACUGGUUGAUGAAAAGGCUCUGAAGCACAUAACAGAAAUGGGUUUUAGUAAGGAAGCAUCAAGGCAAGCUCUUAUGGAUAAUGGCAACAACUUAGAAGCAGCAUUGAAUGUACUUCUUAAUAGCACUAAACAGAAACCUGCUACAGUUCCACCUCUAAGAGGUAAAGGCAAAGGUAGGGGACGUAUAAGAUCUGAAGAUGAAGAGGAAUUGGGAAAUGCAAGGCCAUCAGCACCAAGCACAUUAUUUGAUUUCUUGGAGUCUAAAAUGGGAACUUUGAAUAUGGAAGAACCUAAAUCACAACAGCAACAGCUUCAUCAGGGACAACACAGACUAUCAAAUACUGAACAAAAUGGAAUAAAAGAUAAUCAACCUAGAUAUCUUCCUAGAAAUGAUACCAGGCAGCCAAGAAAUGAGAAACCUCCUCGUUUUCAAAGAGACGUCCAAAAUUCAAAGUCAGUUUUAGAAAGUGGUGGAUUAUCUAGAAGCAGAGGUUCUGAAAGACCAAGUACUUCUUCAGGAUCUGAUGUGUGGACUGAGGAGAGAAUCAAGUGUGAUAGACCAUACUCUAGAUAUGAUAGAACUAAAGAAACGUCAUACCCUUUAACUUCUCAGCACAAUGAUGGUGCUUUUAAAAAAAGGGAUAACUCUAUGCAAAACAGAUUAGGAAAAGUUUCAUCCUACACAGAAGCAAAAGAAAUUCCUCUUACUCAAGAAUCUAUAGAUUGUAAUCAUCAAAAACGUGGGAGAAAAGAAAACUAUACAGCAAAUCCUGAUCACUUUUAUGACAGAAAACCACGAACAAUAAGUAAUGAAACUUUCAGUGGUGUAAAAAUUGAAAAACAUUUUAAUGUAAAUACUGAUUACCAAAAUCCUGUCCAAACAAAUAGCUUUAUUAGUGUUAUGAAUGGAGAGUCAGAAAUGACACUGAAGGGAAGACAAGUAGGGCCUAUUAAACCAGCAGGACCCUUGACAGCUGCAUCCUAUGAUGAGAAAAUAUUUUAUAACAGUGGACCCAAGAGAAGAUCUGGGCCAAUUAAGCCAGAAAAAGUACUAGAUACCUCUCUUCCUAUGGAGUUUGCAAAAUUGUGGAAACCUGGAGAUGAAUGUUUUGCUCUUUAUUGGGAAGACAACAAGUUUUACCGAGCAGAAGUUGAAGCUCUCCAUUCUUCAGGUAUGACAGCAGUUGUUAAAUUCAUCGAUUAUGGAAACUACGAAGAAGUGCUAUUGAGCAACAUCAGGCCCAUUCAAACAGAGCCAUGGCUCCAGGGGAGCUGGAAAUACACAGGAGGAAUCAGAAGACCUGAGUCGAGUCCCGGCUCUGCCACUUACUACCUAUGUGACUUUGGGAGGAAGAAGGCACCUAUGACCAAACUCUUGAGUUCCGUAGAGGAGGUGAUGGCCAGCCAAGAAGAUCCACUCGGCCAACCCAGCAAUUUUACCAACCUCCACGGGCUCGGAAUUAAUGAUGGCAGGGUGUGAAGAAAGGAGCUGAAACUUUCUGGUCAGAGCCUAUUGAAAGACCUCCAACUUCACUUUCACAAUGAAAUGCAGCCAUGGUGGACAUUAUAACUUUAAGAACAUCAACAACAAAAAUCUCUUAGGGAAAAAAUUUAGACUAUAUAAAAAUACUGUGUUAAAUAAAGAAAAUCUCUUUUUCAAGUAAAAGAUUUUUUUUCUUUGACCAUCAAUAAA